UGUCGGCACACAACGGGUUACAGGUCAGUCUGCUGGAACACUGUGUUCUCAUCAGCUACAGUACAGCCGGAACAUUGUGUUACUUAGUGGCUACUUUCCAAGACCUGCCCUUAAUAUCACACUGAACGCCCUCCAGCCUCGCUCUCUCCGCCUCCUCUUCGGCGUCAUUUCCAUUCUUCGCUUUACGUUUGGCGAGAUGUGUGGAAGCGAGGUUUAUUAAAGUAAGGAGCUUGUUAGUGGACAUGAGAGGGGAUACAAGUUAAUCAUCAGACUCAGGACCAGGCGUCUUUUAUCGAGCUUUUAUCAAACAAGUAUGAGUGGGAUGUCAAGAGAAAAGGAUGACCACUGAUCAAGACUUGUCUGUCGACGGUCAAUCAGCUGUCGCUUUGUUUGCUGUAAAGGGUAUUGACGUAACGUCUAGCAAGGAUAAAGGAGUACUGAAGAUAGUGAAGGUCCAGGGCGUAGAUGGAGACAGGCCCAUGCUUGGGGACAGGGUUACCCUGCACUACACGGGUAAACUGCUCAACGGGCAGCAGGUGGACUCCAGUUUAGAUCGCAAGAAACCCUUUUCGUUCAGUUUAGGAAAGGGGCAAGUGAUCAAGGCGUGGGACAGCAGUGUGAUGACGAUGCAGAAGGGAGAGGUGUGCUCACUGCUCUGUCGUCCGGAUUACGCCUAUGGAGCCCCAGGGAACCCACCAAAGGUUCCCCCAAACUCAACCCUACUGUUUGAGGUUGAGCUGCUGGACUUCCAGGGCGAGAUGCUCACAGAAGACGGAGGAGUAAUGCGGAGGAUCAAGACCAAGGGAGAAGGGUUCACCAACCCCAACGACGGGGCUACUGUCGAUGUGCACCUGGAGGGGAGGUGCGAGGGCCAGCUGUUUGACUCCCGGGAUGUGUGUUUUAUUGUGGGAGAGGCGCAGGACAAGGGCGUCCCACUGGGAGUGGACCGGGCCAUGGAGAAGAUGCAGAAAGGAGAGUGCUGUCUACUUCAGCUUAAAUCCAAGUAUGGCUUUGGGAGAGAAGGUAAGCCAGAGUUAAAGAUUGGACCAAACAAAGACAUGCUCUAUGAAGUUACCCUCAGAGACUUCAAAAAGGCCAAAGAAUCAUGGGAAAUGGACUUGAAAGAGAAACUUGAACUGUCUGCUGAAGUUAAGCAUAAAGGGAAUCAGUAUUUUAAGGCGGGCUUCCUCCAGCAGGCCGUCAUCCAGUACCAGCGCAUCGUGUCCUGGCUGGAGAUGGAGUGUGGCGUGGGAGAGGAGCAGCAGAGGAAGAUCCAGGAGUUCCUGCUGCUGUCCCAGCUCAACCUGGCACUGUGCUACCUACGGCUGCAGGAGUUCUCCCACGUGGUGGACAACUGCAACAAGGUGAUUGAGCUCGAUGCGACGAACGAGAAGGCGCUGUAUCGCCGGGGCGAGGCCCGUCUCUGCCGUAACGAGUUCAGUCUGGCCAUGGCCGACUUCCGCCAGGUGCUGCAGGUCAACCCGUUGAAUCGGGCGGCCCGGGCUCAGAUUACCAUCUGCCAGCACAAGGUCAGGGAACACCAGGAGCGGGACAAGAAGAUCUACGCCAACAUGUUCCAGAAAUUCGCGGAACACGAUAAAAAAGUUGGGAAGCAGAAGCGAAGGAAGGAUGAAAGUGUAAAAAGCAACGGGGAGGUGGGGAGUAAACGGAGACGCAGGAGUCAGGAGAACUCCUGAUGUCAAAUACUCUGAGGAAGGGCAGGCCUUUCCUUUCCUAGCCCAUCAUAACACUCGUCGCUUCGGAGGUUUAUAUACGGGAUCUCUGGAACGUUUUGGUUCAGAAGAUAUGAUGGAAUCGGCUGAGCAGAGCGAAGGCAUGUCAUUGAUUUUUGAACUCCACAUUCUCGUCAUCAUAUCACCCAUAUGCCUUUGGCAUUCAAUCUUUUUUGGGCAUCUGUCGGUAAGUGCAAUGUCCGUCCUUGGGAACAGAAAUAUUUGUGGCAUUUUUUUCAAAACAGAAUCGUAUUUUUUUUUUGUUGUGCUAUACCAAUUGUAAAUAAAUGGCCCAAUCAUUUUAUACUCCCUAGAAAACUUGAUAAAGUCAAUAAAACAUAUUCACAACAUGCACAAUAAAAGAAUCAUGACUUUUGAAGUUAACCGUUUUCAUUCUAGAAAACCACAAAACAAAACAUUCUACCGGUUGUAUUGUUGAACAUGGUUAACGAAUGCUGCCUUUGUACCUUUCUACAAAACUACUGGUACAUACUUUUGCAUGCUAUUGUCAUCGUUGUAAGCUUUAAAUAUGAAUUGUCGAAACCACAAUGCUAUCUCAAUGCAUCUUAACUUUUUUUUGUUAUGCCCUCUUCGUAAGUCUCCAGACUUUGUUCAUGAAUUCUGAAUUCUGCGCUUAGAUGUCUGAUGCUUUGGACUUAGAUUGUAAUUCCUCCGCUGUUCUCUCGCCAAAAACAGGCAUCAUCAGAUAUGAGCCUGGAUGAGAUUUGCACCCUGAAUUUGCUUUAUUAAUUUGACGUAAAACAAUCUAAAUUGGUGUCUUAAGUAGUGACAAUGGUGUAAAAGGAAAGGAACUAUGUGUGUUAUUAGGCUACUUUUUUAUUUGCAAGGGAAGUGCUGCUGGUAAACAAAACCUUUUUGUUAGCAAUGUCACUUUAAGAUAUGAUGGUGUUGUUGUGGUAAAGAGCACAGCAGCCAUUUUUGAUAUGACGUGGGAUACUAGUGACCACUGAAUCUAUGUUGGCCGUCGAUAUUUGGGAUGCUAACCCUGCUCUCGCACCAUGGGGUAGUUCGGGGGGAUUAGCAAGCAGAAAGUGUUACCUUGAUUACAUAGGAUACUGAUGAAUAUUUGUGAGAUACUUUUGUUUUCUUCGUCUGUCUGUCAAAUUUUAUUUCCAAGGCUUUUUAUUUUGUGGGCUUAUUUUGACCUGGCCGUUUAUUCAAGUAUUUGUAGUUCAGUAUGGAUUUAUAGGCCUACUGUUGUGUAACAAACUUUAUUAAGGGCUUUUUUUAACCAAAUUGUUCAAUGAAUUGCUUUUGAGUCAGUGUAAAGCUGAUGCACUUUCCAGAUAUUAAACAUUUCCUCGCAAAUGAAUGAGAUGAAACAAUAAAUCAGACCCAAAUUUCAAA